AUGGGGUGCCACUCCUUCGCGCUGCUCUUUGACGACAUCGACCCCUGCAUGUGCCAAGCCGACAGAGACGUCUUCCCCUCCCUGGCGCAGGCUCAGGCCUCUGUGGCCAACGAGGUGUACCGGGAGCUGGGCCAACCCUCCAUCUUCCUCUUCUGCCCUACAGGGUGCGUCAGUUCUCGGGCCCCUCCCAGCCCCAGCCAGUCCUGCUACUUGCUGACCCUCGGCCAGGAGCUGCUCCCAGGGAUCGGUGUCAUCUGGACAGGCCCAAAGGUGGUGUCACAGGAGCUCUCGGCCACAAUGCUGGAGGAGGUGGAGGGUGUCCUGCAGCGCCGACCUGUCAUCUGGGACAACCUGUACGCCAACGAUUAUGACUGCAGACGUGUCUUCCUGGGCCCCUACACGGGACGUGCCCACGGCCUCAUGCCCAGGCUCCGUGGACUGCUCCUCAACCCCAACUGCGAGCUCCAGGCCAACUUCAUCCCCAUACACACACUGAGCAGCUGGUUUCAGAGUGAGCUGAGGAGCUGUGCCCACCCUGAUCACGCAGGGAUGGAGACCACAGCAGCUCUGGGGGACAGCCAGGGCCCACAGGAGGGGAGCUACAACCCCCAGGAGGCCUUGGAGCUUGCGCUGCUUGACUGGGUGGCCGAGAUAAACCAGCAGGCCUUGGAGCCAGCACAGCUGGGAGUGCCCAGUCCGCAGGAACCCCGGUGGCUACCGAGACCCUCCACAGCUCAGGCCCCGCAAUCACCACUGACCUCAGAGGAGGCCGGGUCCAGCCCCAUGGCCCUGCUGACCCUGGAGGAGGCUGGGUCUGGCCCCCUGGUACCACUGACUCCCAAGGAGGCCAGGACCAGCCCCCCAGCACCAGUGACCCCAAAGGAAGCCAGGUCCAGCCCCACAGCACCGAUGACCCCAGAAGAGGCCAGGUCCAGCCCCAUGACACUGCUGACCCCAGAGGAGGCUGGGUCUGUCCCUACGGCACUGGUGACCCUCAAGGAGGCCAGGUCCAACCCCACAGCACCACUGACUCUGGGGGAGGUGCGGAUGCUGGUGGAGCUCUUCUACCUGCCCUACCAUCAUGGGCCACAGGCGCAGCAUCUCCUGGAGCACUUUCGGUGGCUCCGGGCAAACAGCCUCAGUGGCACGCAGUGGCGUGGCCGAGCCCAGUCCUUCCAGCUCCUCUGCGCUCAGAUAUGCCGUCUGCACAGCCGUUUCGUCAGCAGCGCUGGACGGGCACUGCUCUAUGAUCUCCACCCCUACCUCUGGGACAUCCGCAACAUGCUGCUGGCCACCAGUGCCUUCAUCCUCUGGCUGGGGUGCCAGAGCAUCACUGCCCCGAUCCUGCUGGGGGGGGACGCUGAACCCUGGACACGUCGUGGGGGCCUCUUUGGAGAACUGCAGGGAGAGCUGUACCGAAUGUGCCGGGAGAGUUUGGACUGUGACCCCAAAGUCGCAGACAUCCUUGCGGCCCAUCCCGAUCUCCUCGGUGACAG